GAGACUGAGGGGGAAAGAGACUGAGAGAGAAGCUGCUGUGUGUGGACUGUGGCUUGCAGCUGCAAUUGUGGAAGAGCGAGAAAGCGUGCUCAUGUGAGAGAGACUUAGAGACUACCAGAGAGAGAGAGAGAGAGAGAGAAAACAAAAGAGGGUGAGAGAGACACAGACAGAGAUGGAGAAGGCUGAAGUAAAUAAAGAAUGCAAGAAAGACUGUACAGUGACGCAGUGCUUCUCUGUCUACUUUAGGUGUACGAAUUCUGUGGAGGCAGCGUGAUACAAGGACUAUACAUUUCCUGUCUCCUUUCAGACGGAUUUACUCCGAAAAGGGCAUCAAUGACCAUUGGACCAUAUACUUCUCCACAAUAUUGCAGGCACUAAAGGUGGACUUUUAACAAGUGCAGUGACAAUGCAGGAGCAUCUCUCAGUCCAGCACAUGGGCACCAGGAGCACAAAGUUCUCCUAGUAGUGAGGUUUGUCCUGGGCCUCGUCCAGACUACCAUGACUGACCUCCUGGCCAACCUGAGUGUUCCAUGGGGCACACAGGCGAUUGUGUGCCCCAACCUGACAGCAGCUGCCCUGGUUGUGCCGGGGUCAGGCAAGUCUCUGGCCCCCUUCUGCACCUUCUGCUGCUGUGGCCUGCUGAACCGUACCCUGGCCGUGGUGUUUAUGGUCAGUCUGGCCUUCGCCAUAGUGGUGGGCAAUGUGGUCACGCUCACCGUCUUCAUGCAGACAAGACAGGUCCGUACACCACAGGGAUACCUCAAAGUCUCUCUGGCCAUAGCGGACAUGAUGGUUGGAGUGCUGGUGGUUCCUUUCUCUGUCUACACUGAGAUCUCUCUGAUGGUGACCAGCUCCUCUCCUGUCUGGUACCAGGGGGGCACUGACCCCUCCAUGGGGGGCCUGGUGGGACCCUGGCAGCCCUGCAUGCUGAUUGGUCCAGUCUUCGCUGGCUGUACGUUUGUCUCCAUCAGUACUAUUUUCCUGAUGACGGUAGAGCGCUGUGUGGCCAUCUUAUGGCCCCUACAUAAGGACCACCUGGUGACACGGAGACGCACCCUGUUUCUCAUCCUCUUCUCCUGGGCAGGCAGUUACCUUCUGGCCCUAGCCCCCCUCAUCCUCAGCAACAACUUCACACUGGAGUACAGUGAGUGCAGCCGGAUGUGUAACUAUGUCCCCCUGUGGGAUGGAGUCACUCUGCCCUCUGACGCCAACAUCCUCCUACUGUUCCCCGUGUUUGACUUUACGCUGCUGGGCGGCACCCUGAUAUUCAACAUCCUGUCCUUCACCAGUAUCCGCCGCUACACACGCAAACGUAAGCUCAUGUCAGAGGGGAAUGUGGGGGUCGAGGGAGGGGGAGGCGGCUGCCAACAUAGACCCUCCUUCUCUGACAUCAAGGCUGCCAAGACGAUCAGCAUUCUGACGUUUGCCUUCACUGCUUCCUUCACCCCCAUCGCUGUGUUUGUGCUGGGCAACGUGGUGGGCUUCACCUGGUGCAACUUCUCCUUUGUAGCCUUCUGGAUCCUGACUGGGAACAGCUGCUGUAAUGUGAUAAUAUACAGCGUGAGAGACCAUCGCUUCAGGAAAGGAGUGACUCUGCUUUUUCAGAGGGAGCAUUCACCUACCCACGGGGAGAAAGGCGGAGCUACCCCCCCCACUCACCUUGUGACUACAACCCCACCUCCUUAAACUAUUUUGAAAAGACAACCAGUGCCCUUUUCUUUAACUUUACUAUGGAGAGGGGUUUCAUCAGCAUUUAACUUCAGGUUUAAAAAAAAAUUUUUUUCACUGUGUCUAAAUAAUGAAAGAUAACUGUAGCUACCCUAUGUGGGAUCUAGUAGUUGCCAGCAUCAUUUAAAUCAUAUGACUCAAGCCGUCUCAUUGGACUAGGUGAGAUAUCUGUGGGGGAUAUCUUAAUAACAUGCACUUUAUCAUAGAGAUGUAAGUAAUGCAUGGUUUUCAUUUGUUUCGUGACUGUCCAGAAACACGUUAAUUUUGCACGAUUUUCUCUAUAAUAGCUUUUAUUUUUGCUACAAUACCAUUAUAUUCAUGAGGAUGGCAUAAUCAAAUGUGAGUGAAUGAAUUGUAAGAAUGUUUUGAAUCUAAAUGAAGAGAGAUGUUGAUGUUUUGUACAGUUAUGGGCCAUUCGACGGGUCUGUCAUCUGUACGACACAGUAAUGCAUAAUUCUGGUUAGGAAUGUCAUUCUCUUCAAGGUGAUGUAUCCUAAAUAGGUACAGAAAGGUUUACAUGCAAGAUCUUCUUUUGUAUAUUUUGAUAUUAUUCUACACACGGGCUAUUAGUUUAAUGAGCUCUGUCCCCAAACAAGACCACAUUAAAUCUGAACCAAUCAUAGAUGUCUUUGUUUCACAAGUUUAGACAUCAAAGUACAGUACAGCACAGUAGAGUAGAGUACAAUACAGUAGAGUAGAAAUCAGUACAGUACAUUCUAGUGUACUCAACUGUAGUAUGCUCUGUGCUGAACUAUACUCUACUUUUCUUUACUGUACUGUGCUAUCCAAACUGAUUUGUGACUACGAUUUCAAGGCACAAGGCAAUGUUUCUUAAACAUACAGAAGGAAGAUACAUUUCUCCAAAUGAAAUGUGUUGAUAUUAGUUGUCAGGGGUCUUUACAUCAACAGUAUUGUAUUCUGAUGUCUUUUUCUGGUAGCUGUUUUCUAAGCCCCCUUUUCCAGAAAAUCAAAGCACUUGCUUAUUACUAAUUUCUAGGACAGGGAAAAAGGUUCAACAAUAUAUAUAGAGUCUUAGUUUUCUUUUGACACCCUCCUAUUUCAAAAAAAAAAUGUUAACCUUUAUUUAACUAGGCAUGUCAGUUAAGAACAAAUUCUUAUUUUCAGUGACGGCCUAGGAACAGUGGGUUAAACUGCUUGUUCAGGGGCAGAACGAUAGAUUUGUACCUUGUCAGCUUGGGGGUUACUAGUCCAACGCUUUAACCACUAGGCUACCCUGCCGCCCCUAUGACCUUCACAUGUUGGUGUUCAUGGGUCCUUUCACAUAAAAUGUACCUUAUUCAUCUCAUGGAUGCCAGUGUACACACGGAAAAACAAAUAUGAAUGGUACAACAAGCAAAAAUGAAUACGAAGCAUUAUAAAUUCACUGAAAUAGACAAAACUAUUCAGAUGCCUUAUCUUAUGUUUUGAGAGUGAACGACCCAGAAAGACCAAAUCCUCUGUUUAAACUUUUCUACUUAGAAGCUGUAAAGUUACACCAUUAAAGGGGCUACAUCUAUCUCUGAAUAUUCUCAUACCAUUAUAAGGAUGUUGUUUCUAAGAUUAUUAUUAUUAUUAUUCAAGGAAAAACAUGCCCAAGAUAUUUACAGCACUUAAACAAUGUUGAUUGAAUAAAUGCAAAUCAGUUUAUUUAAAUUCACAUCAUGUCUAACUCAAAAUGACAUGACUUAAAGUAAACAUGCUAAUAAACAUUUUGUAGCAUUUUUCAAUAAACCUCACCCAAAGAAA